AUGGCAGACAACGCCAUAAAGAAAGACGCUGAAAGUUUCGAGCUUCCUUUGGUGGUCAUACUUUCUCGAGAUCGGGAUUUCUUCCCUUUUAUCACAACACUGGUUCGCACGGGAGUGAGAGUAGUCACAGUAUUCUCCUUAACCACCAAACGGAACCAGGAGCACAUUGAGAGAUGGCGCUCUGCUCUUACGCAGUCCAAGGUGUCCGUGCACUCCAGUGAGAAGCGUCUCCAAAGUUGGAUCCUACCAACUCCAGCGCACACAACACCGCUGCAAGCUUGA